GCAAUCUAUUGGCCGCGCACAGCACGCCCUCUGCUGACUCUUGCGUUUGCACCUCGCAAUAACGUAACUGAAUCGGGCAACAUAAAAUUCUACGAUGGCGACGCCCCGCGCCUCAGGACUUUGGGAGGACAAUAGGAGGAUGAGCUAUUUCUCGUCGCGAGAGGAGGGGGAUGAGGAGGACGAGGACAGAGACAUGGAGGACCUGGAAGAUGGGGACGCGUUUGACGGGAGGUCCAACUUAGAUCGAACGAUAGAUCGCAUUGGAAUGGGUAGUUAUCAAUGGAUUCUCUUGUCUUUGUGUGGAUUUGGUUGGCUGGCGGACAACAUGUGGAUACAAGCAGUGGCUAUUAUAUUACCUAGAGUCCAAGUUCAUUACUCAGUACCGGACAGCUACCUCGGUGCCGUUUCCUCCUCCAUGUUUGCGGGUAUGAUGGUGGGCGCAGUUGGGUGGGGAACAUGUUCUGACAUGAUGGGGCGGAGUACGGCUUUCAACCUCACCCUCUUCUUCACUGCUCUAUUCGGUAUGCUUGCAUCAUACGCAAAUUCAUUCUUUACCCUGGCACUCUGCCUUUUUCUACUUGGGAGCGCUGUCGGUGGGUCGAUGCCUACGGAUGGUACUCUCAUCCUGGAAUACAUACCAAAGGGGAAGCAAUACCUUGUGACGGCUCUCUCCGUCUUCUUCUCCUUGGGAUCGGUACUCGCUGCGGUUGUCGCCUUGAUACUGGUUCCCAGACAUAGUUGCAGAGCAACUGACACGCUUCCCUGCGACGUGGACAGGGACAACAAAGGCUGGAAGUAUCUUUUGAUGGCCCUUGGUCUAAUUACGUUGAGCAUGUUCAUAGCUCGAAUAGUCUUCUUCCGAUUGCACGAAUCGCCCCGGUACCUCGUCAACGCCGGACGCAAACAUGAGGCAGUGCAGGCUCUGCAAAUGAUUUCCCAAUUCAACGGGGAUGAACUGUCUAUAGGAAUACACGACGUUGACGACACUCCUCGGGAUGCAGCGGGGAAGAGCGACGAUGCAGAGACACCUUUCCUCGCUGAACCACCUCACUCCGCGCAGGAACAUCGCACUCGUGACGCUGAUACGGUCGUGUUCGAUGCUGAACGAGAUGCCCAACCUGGGCGUCGCCCCCAGGCGUCUUUGUCUCCCGGUCUCCCUACGUCUCCGGAACGACAGUCAAGCAGAGACGUUCUUACCAAUGUGGAUGGUCGUGACUACCAUUCCACCGGGUCGUCCCCCACGCCAUUGGACGCCCAUGCAUUCGAGACACCCGCUCAAGAGAUUCCUCCUUCCAUGCCUAGAUCAGAUAGAACCAGCCCUCUCUCCAAUUCGUACUCUAAUCCCGCGUCUAACGAUGCUACCUUCAAGGAAAUUCCUUACAUCCCUUCCUCCCCUGCUACUCCCGCCAGUUCGUCACGUGUACCAAUGCCCAGGUCUUCCUCUCAUCCACCACAUUCCCGCCGUGCACUAAGCAACCGGCGUCUGUCGUCUUCAUCGUCGAUGUACGACAUAAAGCGGAGAGUAGGAUGCCUGCCGCGGCGUAUCCGAAGACCGCUCUAUGCAUGGAUGGAUAGAAUUGCGACAGUGCUCGAGCCCGAAUGGAUCAGAACGACCCUCCUUGUGUGGGCCGUUUGGUGCACUCUGUCGCUAGCAUACACUAUGUUCAAUGUGUACCUUCCGAAGCUGCUCGAGACAGCGACGGGCCCCGCUAUAGUGGCAAAGACGCUUGAGGAGAGCUUGUGGGACGUGGUCAUCUUCACACUAGGCGGUUGUCCUGGGGCUUUGGUUGGAGCCUGGAUGACGAAAACGUCCUUAGGGAGACGGCGGUCACUAGCGCUUAGCACACUCGUAACAGCCUUCUUUUGUCUCAUCUUCAUCCAUGUGGAAGCUGCCUGGGCAGUCAGGGCUAGCACGGUUGGGAUAAGCCUAAGCUCUACUACGAUGUGGGCUGUCCUGUACGGGUGGACCCCCGACAUAUUCGAUACUAACAUAAGAGGUACUGCUUGCGGUAUAGCGUCAGCACUGUCUCGCAUUGGUGGAAUGAUAGCGCCCUUGCUGGGCGGGUCGUUAUUAAUGAUAGAUAGGUCGGUGCCUGUUUACACCAGCGUUGUUGUGUUCAUCGUUGCGGCCUCGUGCGUUCUAAUGCUCGACGACAAGGGAGGUGAGGGUGAGGGUGAUGGAGGACAAGGCGGUGGCCUGAUGCAUUAACUACUGUCAGGAAGAGCAUAUACUGCACU